CUCGGAGGAUGUUUUGGUCCCAUUCUUUAUUCAUGGCUGUGUUCUGUGAGUGAGCCCAGGGGCGCCGCUAGGGAUUUUGGGCCCCAUGAAAAGAAUCUUUACAGGGCCCCCAACACAGCGGCAAAAAUUUUUGAUGCUAUUUUACAUACAAUUAUGCAUUUUAAUGGUAUUUUUGACUAUCAUUUGACAUCAUCAACUUAGUGUCAUUAUUUUUUCUGUAUUAUAAUUUCAUCAUCAUUAGGGGCCUCUCUGGGCCCCCCUCCAUCAUGGGCCCCUAGAAUCCGUCUCCUUUACCCCCCCUUUUCGGCGCCCCUGAGUGAGCCCACUACCUUGGCUUAUUAUAAAAUGUAUCCAAAUUCCAAGUCACAAAUGGAGCAAUAGUUGCGACAUGUUUGGCUCUGUUAUCAGCGUGAGAAGCUCAAUCAUCCCUGGUGUUUGCAGAGUCCACGUCCACGUCAUCGUCCAUCAUUUCUUUUUAUUUUUUUUUCUUCUCCCCUCUCCCACUCAAAACUGCUUCAAGUCCUCCUCUUCUACCCUUUUCAAAGCCCUGUUGACUGUCCCAGCAGCUGGACGCGGUGCUCAGCAGCAGUGUUCUCCGCCAUGAGGCUGGUUCUGGUUCUGGUUCUGGUUCCUCUCCUGUGUUUCUUCAGCUUCGUGUGUCUGUCGGACUGCGCGCCGCCGACUUGCUACUCCAGAGCUCUGGGCCUGAGCACAGAAGUCCUGGUUCUGCUGGAUAAGAUGCACACACACCAUCGCACGAAAACGUGUGCUGAGAUUCUACCCACGAUCUUCCUUGAUGUGCAUAACUCAUGCGUCACAACCAAGCUCCGUGACUUUAUAUAUGUGGUGCUGAACCACCCUGACCAGUACUGCAGAGAGCGUCCCAGGAUGGUGCUGCUGAAACGUAAAGUCCAGAACUUGUACACCAUCAUCACCAGAAUCUGUUACCGGGACAUGGUGUUUUUCACAGACGACUGUGAGGCAAUUGACACUGGACACACUAGGCCUUACUACGCAGAGGACAGGCUUCAGCUCCUACAAGAGGAGAGAUGAGCAGCACAGGAAGAAGAUGACAGACCUACAUCCAAACAUCAGCAAUAUGUAGAAUGCUAACAAAUGUACACACCACAGCCUGCACUGUAUUAGAUGCAUCACAAACAAUACACAGAGUGCGGCUUCAUGUUGUACCUAGUUGGCUCUGUGUUAGCUGCAGACUCAUGUUAGUGGACAUGUGUGGCUACAUUCCAGCAAGGAGUGCAGAACUUUCCACAGGAAAUUUGCUGAAUGCCAACCAUGCCGAUGAAAACCUUGAAAUAAUAAGGCAAUAAGAGAUGCUUGUGAGCUGGGCUUAACCGCUGCUUACUUACCGGGGCUGAUCAAAGGUUCAUGUGUCAUUAAGAGAAAUAUGUUGCUCUGCCGUAACCCUAAACCAAGAUGUCUUAAAGGAGCAUUAUACAGCAUUUUGAAAACAUUUGCAGAGCUGAACAUGGUGGUUGAAAAUGUUAUAACAGAAAUAGAUUUCCUAAGCAUUGCUCCCUCCCACUCAGUUGUAGCGUGCGCUCUUUCAGAAUUUUGUCACUUAGAAAGUUUAUUUUUCUUACUUUUGUUUUAUACCUAAAAGUUACGACAGUGCUGUGUGUGUGUGUGUUUGCUGAACUGAAUAAAUAUUUUGUUGGCUCUCAACGCGAUUGGAUAUAAAACAGAGAAAGCCCUCACUGUUGUUAACAUAUUAGACACAUGCCUGUUUUUAUGUACACACUUUAUG